AGUGAUCGCGGACGGAGCUGUUGGGGGGGCGGAGCAAUGGGGAGUAAAUUGAGAUUAGUGGGACCUAAAAAUCUGCGACAUUGGUCAGAUAAUUGAUGGGCAGCUCGGGUUGGCUUCAAUAUUGUGGUGAAGUUACUCAGGGGUGAGCCAAUGGGGUGAAGUUACUCAGGGGUGAGCCAAUGGUGUGAAGUUACUCAGGGGUGAAGUUACUCAGGGGUGAGCCAAUGGGGUGAAGUUACUCAGGGGUGAAGUUACUCAGGGGUGAGCCAAUGGUGUGAAGUUACUCAGGGGUGAAGUUACUCAGGGGUGAAGUUACUCAGGGGUGAGCCAAUGGGGUGAAGUUACUCAGGGGUGAAGUUACUCAAGGGUGAGCCAAUGGGGUGUCAGGGGUGCGCGUUGUUGGAGUUGCAUCACCCGGGGCUGCACAAUUUGGGGGGGGGGGUAUAAAAGUGUGUGUCAUAUACAUUGUCCUAUAUGGGAACUGUGCCAGUGUCAUGGGCUGACGGGAGUAUCAGGGCCGAUAAGGGAACAAACUUGAUUACAGACAAUAAGGCAGUGGCAGAUGUUUGGUCAGGGGGCUGGAUAAAACCAGGGAAGUCCACACUGACAGCUCUACUAAUAACUAAUGCCGGCUGGACUUGGAGCCCGGCUUGUGUAAGUGCUGGAGGGACGUCAGUGCCUGGAAGGUUUUCCAUGAGCAGCCGCUGAGUGUGGGUAGGAGGGGGCGACGCUGAGCAGCAGGAGACAGAACCUCAGGCGGUGGCAGCACAAACAGCCUGCGGGAUUAGGUUACACUUACCUGCCUGGGAGAUAAAGACAAAGGACCGAGGGAAAGAGGAUAAAGAGCAGCAGGAAACAUGUGUGAUAGAAACAAGGAGUCCUGACUAGGUGUCAUAGGGUCCUCACUUGGACACUUCUGAUUUGCUGUUAAGGUCCAAGGGCUCUUACUGGAGCAGUAAGAAUGACCAGCACUGCCUCCACCAAGAAGCCUUACCGUAAAGCACCGCCGCAGCACCGGGAGACACGGCAUGAGCUGCCAGAGCCUCGAGAGGAUGUGCCGGAGAAAGCAAACCAGGAGCCGCAGACAGAAGGGGAACGUAUCCAGUUUCUGCAGCACCAAAAUGAUGAGCUGCGACGUCGCCUGGCCUAUGCCACCACCAAGAUGGAAGCCAUGGAACAUGAGGUGGAUGCUCGGGGUCAGUACUUGGAGAUGGAAUUGAGUCGCAACAGAGAAGAAGUGGAAAAGCUUAAGGACAAAUUCCGUAGGCUACAGAACAGCUACACCGCCUCCCAGAGAGCCAAUCAGGACCUGGAGGAGAAGCUGCACACUCUGGCAUCGCUCAGCCAGAGUUGGAUCUAUUCAAUAAAGAAAGCCGAAAUGGACAGGAAAACCUUCGAUUGGGAGAUUGUGGAGCUCACCAACAAACUAAUGGAUGCAAAAACCACCAUCAACAAACUGGAAGAGCUAAAUGACCGGUAUCGCCAGGACUGCAAUCUUGCUGUACAGCUUUUGAAAUGUAACAAGUCACACUUCCGGAACCACAAGUUUGCAGACCUUCCCUACAAGCUUCAGGACCUGGUUGCCAAACACAUGCAAAGCGCUGCCACGUCUCCGGGCUCUGGCCAGGAUAGUCCGUCAGGCCUUUCACAGUCCGAUGUGGUGCCCACCUCCGUCAUUGCCCGUGUGCUGGAAAAGCCAGAGUCCUUAAUUCUAAACUCCGCCACCUCCAGCAGUGGCAGUGGCCCGACGGCAGAGGAUGUGUUUGUGCACGUGGACAUGAGCGGUUGUGGAGAGAGAGAAAGAGAGACCCGUCGGCAGCAGCAGAACGGGAGUCUCCAGCACCAGGGCAGUGUAGAUAGUGCUUCAGAAGAUCCGCCCACUUUUGAAAAACUCAACCCCUAUCCCACCCCUCCUCCGCCUCAUCCGAUGUACCCUGGGCGCAAAGUGAUUGAGUUCUCCGAUGAGAAGGUGAGGAUCCCAAAAAAUAGCCCAUUGCCCAACUGCACCUAUGCAACGCGCCAAGCCAUUUCUCUCCGCUUAGUGCAAGGGGAGGAUGGCAGCCCAGACCGACAUCGUACUGUACCCAACAGCCCAGCAUCCACAGCUAGUUACCCACAAAGGGCACGCAGCGCAGAUAACCCUGCCCGCUCUCCUCUGAGCAGUGCCGCUCCCAGCUCCGCAAGUUCAGAGGAGGACAUGUUGGCCAAUUGGCAGCGAAUGUUUGUUGAAAGGGCUGCGCCCAGCACAGAGGGGUCUCUGGCCCACCGUACAUCCUACAGCAGGGACACGGCAGUGGAGCUGCAAAAGGGGUUCAGUCGCUCCAUGCAGGAGCUCAGCAUGGCUGCACAGGCUUUCUCUGAUGGCGAGAGCUUUGGCCUUAGCUGGGCAGGCAGCAGAGAGUCCAGUCUUGAAGUAGAUGGCAUGGAAAACCGCAGAGGGCACUUGCCCAAUGAGUAUGGGAAGGAGUUCUCCCAGGAAGAAGCUCAGGACUUACUGUCUGGAACAAUGGAAGAGGAGGAGGAAGAGGAGGAGCCAGAAGAACAUCUAGUGCCCUCAGAGGAAGCCGAAGAGGAGGAGAGGAUAAUAGAGGAGUAUGUGGUUAAUAAGACUCUGGUAGAGGGAGAGGAUGGGCUAUUUAUGGAGAGUUACCCGAAUGUACGCCCGCAUCGCAGCCCAAAAAGGAUGGGUGUUCAUCACCUUCACAGAAAGGACAGCCUGACACGUGCACAGGAGCAGGGGAACCUGCUUAAUUAGGGGAGUAGAUAAAAUAUGGGAGCUUUUUAGCCGCUAUUUCUAUGACAAUGACACUCCAGCGGGUGAGGUGGGUGCCCGGAGGCUGUUGCCUGCUAACCCACCGCAAUCAUAAUAUGCAUUUAUAAACACUAGUGGAGCACGACUGUAUUUAAUUCUGCGACAUAGCGAUGUAGGAGCGAUGCAGUGCAGCUGAAGAUGAAGUCUCCUCAACAACUGCAUUCAAUUCUGCAACAUAGUGAUGUAGGGGAGCUGCGGUGCAGCUGAAGAUGAGUCUCCUCAACAACUGCAUUUAAUUCUGCAACAUAGUGAUGUAGGAGAGAUGCAAUGCAGCUGAAAAUGGAGUCUCCUCAACAACUGCAUUUAUAAUUCUGCAACAUAGUGAUGUAGGGGAGCUGCGGUGCAGCUGAAGAUGAGUCUCCUCAACAACUGCAUUUAAUUCUGCAACAUAGUGAUGUAGGAGAGAUGCAAUGCAGCUGAAAAUGGAGUCUCCUCAACAACUGCAUUUAUAAUUCUGCAACAUAGUGAUGUAGGAGAGCUGCGGUGCAGCUGAAGAUGGAGUCUCCUCAACAACUGCAUUUAAUUCUGCAACAUAGUUAUGUAGGAGAGCUGCAGUGCAGCUGAAGAUGGAGUCUCCGCCUCUAAAUCCCUUUAUAUUGUGUGUGUGGUGCCACAGAGACCCCAGCGCAAAGUCAGCUGGUUCUGCACCAUCAAGUAUUCCUUCCUUGCAGCAGUAUCUAACAGCAGCUCAGGGCUCCAUUCCUUGGGUAACUGUGCCACUUACACUAACCCAUAGUCUGGGAAAGGUACCAGGCACCCCCAAGAUCUGGCUUCUCCAUAUAAUGUAAGGGUUAAACCACCUCCUGGGAUCUUCCAUAUGUGCUCCUGCGUGGGAGGUAACCGGUGAAUGAGAUGUUUUGUGCCGGGGAAAUAUUCCAGGAUCGUGGCCAAGCUCUGGCCAAUUCAGGCAACAGCUACAACAUUUGCACAGUUUCCAGCGUGCAAUAUUUCAUGUUUUUUUAAACUGUAUCUUCAGUCGCUCAUUGGACUUUUUACUCCUGCCGUACUUUGUUUUCUGUUUUGGGGGUGCGGUAUGCUGUGGAGGUCCUUCCCUUUGUUUUGGUUUAAAUUAGUUGUUUUUGUUGUUGCAGUAAACGGUGUGGUGUCCUUACUCCUCCCAUGGGACACGUGUUCUCUGACCAAUCCAGUGGUAUCAGAUGUCAGAGGCACGACUGUAUGGAACCUUUGCACUUACUCUGUUCCCAUAAAUCAAGCUAAACAAUUAGCUCUAAAUAGUAGUUUCAAAUAUAAUCACAUAAAUGGACUAAUAUUGUCACAAUUUGGCUCCAGGCCUACAAACCCAUAGCAACCAGAUGUUUGAUGUCUUUAUUCUAGCUGCAAUAGACCAGGAAUGGGUUGCUAUGGGUUACAAGCCCUAAAAUGAACAGCAACGUGUCUACAGAAUCAUUGCAAAGAGUUCCUAAGUUCCAAGGUUGUUGUUUGGUUGCUCUUCCUCAGAGCUUGAAUCGUCUCAUUUUUAUUUCCACUGUGUGUUUCGUGCCCCCGGAGCUGCUCUUUGUGUGUUUGAGUCGGUGCAUCUGCUCAGUGUUCCAUCCAGACCAGGGCAGUAUUACCUGCUACGAUCAGUGUCCCCCUAAUCCCCCCCCCCCCCCCGUCCUACAGAUUUCAGACUGUUAAUCACAUUUAGUAUUAUUAUUUUCCAGAAUUUUUCAGAACUGUCUAUUUUCCAAGGAGAAAUAAAACUAUUUUAAAAUA